AUUUGUGAAUUGUGAGAGACAUUUUCGGUGUCAGAGAGAGAGAGAAGGGCACCAUUGAAAGCCAUUGUUAGAAAACCUUGGAACCUCAGAAGGGGCACAACCCAAGUCCUCACUCUUCGCUCUCUCUCACAUUGUUUCCCAAAAAACCCAACUUCUCCUUCUCACCUCCGGUUGCCUCUCCAUUGCCUUCUUUUUCUCUACUUUCCCUCUCUGCUGUUCAUUGAUUUCUCUCUUUCUUCUACCUUCCAUUGUUCCCAACCCAUCUCUGUUUUUCCGCUUGGUCUCUGAUUGAGGUAUUGAGACCCCACAGAUUUUGUGGAUUGAGAUUUUGGCUAUUUGGGGAUAUAAGUAAUAUAUAUCCCUUUCCAGUUCAAAUGGGGGUAACCUUUUCGUGCCUGCUCGCUGAUAUGGAUGAUUUAGAUAGUCAAUUUGAAGCUGUCCUUUUGAGAUCAAUCAGUUUCAAUGACGGAGAUAUGAGUACUGCCUUGAGGUCUGUCAGCUUUAAUGGCCAGGAUUCGGAACACUCAGUAAUGAAAUCAUACGGUUCUGGCAAGAUAAUAUUUGAAGGGUCUCUUAGCUUUAAAGGAAGAGAAUUGGAGACUGCGUUCUCUUUCAAAACCCCGACUGCAGAUGCAGAAAACAAUAUGUUUCUAAUGUCACCAACCCUUAAGAAUGGUGACGAGGGUGACCAGUUGGCAAUAUUUGACAAUUCGUCCGAGAACAAAUUGCAUCCAUCAACACUAGAGCCAGGGAACCGCAGAUAUCAGGCUGCAUUGAAGUUGCAGAAAGUUUACAAAAGUUUCCGAACAAGGAGAAAGUUGGCAGAUUGUGCAGUUCUUGUUGAGCAGAGAUGGUGGAAGCUGUUAGAUUUCGCUGAACUCAAGCGGAGCUCUAUAUCGUUUUUUGAUAUUGAGAAACCUGAAACAGCCAUUUCACGUUGGUCAAGAGCAAGAACAAGAGCAGCGAAAGUGGGGAAAGGCUUAUCGAAGGACAAAAAGGCUCGAAAGCUAGCUUUACAGCAUUGGCUUGAAGCAAUUGAUCCUCGGCAUCGUUAUGGCCACAACCUACAAUUUUACUAUGCUAAAUGGCUCCACUGUGAAAGUAAACAGCCUUUUUUCUAUUGGCUUGAUAUUGGAGAUGGGAAAGAAGCCAAUAGUGAGAGGUGUCCUCGAUCGAAGCUUCACCAACAAUGCAUAAAGUAUCUUGGUCCAACUGAAAGGCAAGCUUAUGAAGUUAUAGUGGAGGAAGGUAAGUUGGUGUACAAGCAAAGUGAUCAAACUCUGGAUACUACAGGAGGUCCCAAAGAUGCUAAGUGGAUUUUUGUCCUCAGCACUUCAAAGACCUUGUAUGUUGGGCAGAAGUGCAAAGGCAAAUUUCAACAUUCGAGUUUCUUGGCUGGCGGAGCCACCUUAUCUGCUGGAAGAUUAGUUGUCCAAGAUGGUAUUCUGAAGGCAGUUUGGCCACACAGCGGACACUAUCUUCCAACGGAAGAGAAUUUUGAGGAGUUCAUGUCAUACCUUAAGGAGCAUGAUAUUGAUCUCGCUGGCGUAAAGAAAAGCCCAACUGAAGAGGAAGAAGAAGAGUUAUUCACCAUUGAACAUAGAAACUCCAUUCCCGUUCGAGCAGAUUUAUCCGAAGAUGUUAAAGGUUUGGCCCAAGAGAACAGUAGUUCAAGGCAACAAAAUUCAAAUUCGACAGCAAAUUGCGAGCCAGCCUUAUCAAAGUCAUCUCGUCGUGGAUUUGGCUCAAAGAUAGCAAAACUCGACAUACCAAAAAGAGCUGAUAUGUUUGAUAUCUUCAAGACAGAAGCAUUUCCGCCAAGUUUACACGGUCAAACUUCAAGAUCUCUUUUAGAGCCUCCUCCUGAGUCCUUCUCUGAAGAUGGUUAUGAAACGGCAGAGGAAUCGUUCUUGACUGAGGAGGAUUUCAUGGUUCCUAAAGUGAAUUUGUUUGGUGAAGAUGAAGAAGAAGAAUAUGAGAAGCCAAUACCAAAAGAAAAGAUCAUGAAGAGAAUAGAUUCACAUAAAGUAAUGAAUUCAUAUCAGCUGGCUCAACACUUAUCAUCUAAAUGGACCACUGGAGCCGGACCGCGUAUCGGUUGCAUGAGGGAUUACCCCUCAGAGCUUCAAUUCCGGGUUCUAGAGCAAGCAAACUUGUCCCCAAGAUCAAGAAGUAACAAUGCAUCCCCUCACACCACAAACCGGUUGAGCCCAAGUCCUCUGUCCAAAGAAACAAGUACAGGCAGAAGUCCCCUUGCUGCAGAUAAAAUGUCUUACUCAUAGGAGAAAAAACUUUCAUGGUUGAUUCAAUUUGGGAAGAGAGGAUGUUGAAGAAUUCUUUCAGCUUCGGUUGCAACCCAAUUUCUCCCUUUUUGAUUUAGUGGCAUAUAUGUGCCAGUUUUGGGAGUAUGGAGUAAUCCAUACUAUUGGGAACUGAUACUGAAGAAUAAGGUCAAAGAAAAAGUUCUGAAGUUACAUAUAUUGAUAGUCUGCUUCUUUAUUUUAGAUUUCUCAAUAAAAAAUGAAGUGUAGUACAUGUUA